ACCUACAAGUCAAGGAGAGCAGAAGUCCACUGCCAGAAUGAAAUGGUUGAUCCUCUUAACGUUUUACAUUUGGAUGGCCAGUGGAUUGCAAAGCAUUAGCCAUAUAGCUCCUUCCUUCGUCCCCAGAGUUACCCUGAAAAGACACCGAUCUUUGCGGCAAAUAUUGAGGGAACAUGGGCAGUUGUCUCAGUUUUGGAAAAAAUAUAAGAUAGACACGAUCCAGUACACCCAAGACUGCUCAGCAUUUCAAGAAACCAGCGAACCCCUCCUUAACUAUCUUGAUGUAGAAUACUUUGGACAGAUCUCCAUUGGGAAUCCUCCACAGAAUUUCACUGUGCUCUUUGACACUGGUUCCUCCAACCUCUGGGUACCAUCUGUUUACUGUGUCAGCAAGGCUUGUGUUGAACAUUCCAGAUUUCACCCAUCAGAGUCCAACACCUACACUGAAGUGGGUACUUCUUUUUCCAUUCACUAUGGCACUGGUAGCUUGACAGGAAUAAUUGGAAUGGAUCAAGUGAUUGUUGAAGGACUCACUAUAAUCAAUCAACAGUUCGCAGAAAGUGUCUCUGAGCCUGGUAACACCUUUUUGGACGCAGAAUUUGAUGGGAUACUUGGUCUGGCCUAUCCAUCCCUGGCUGUGGAUGGUGUCACCCCCGUAUUUGAUAAUAUGAUGGCCCAAAACCUGGUGGACCUACCAAUAUUCUCAGUCUACAUGAACAGAAACCCUGAUUCUUCUGUAGGAGGGGAACUGAUUUUUGGUGGCUAUGAUGAAGCUCAUUUCAGUGGAAACCUCAACUGGAUUCCAGUCACUAAGCAAGGAUAUUGGCAGAUCCAACUGGAUAAUAUCCAGGUUGGUGGGAUAGUUGCAUUUUGUGCAGAAGGAUGUCAGGCUAUUGUGGACACAGGAACUUCUCUCAUCACGGGCCCUUCUGAAGACACAAAGCGAAUGCAGACAUUAAUUGGGGCACAACCAAUGGAUGAUGAGUACACUGUGGAAUGCAACAAUCUCAAUGCGAUGCCUCUUGUCACUUUCACAAUCAAUGGAAAUCCUUAUCCUCUUACUCCAGAGGCUUAUACCCUCAUGGCCAAUAGCGAUGGGAUGAACCUGUGCACCAGCGGCUUUCAAGGUUUAGAUAUAGACACUGCAACUGGGCCACUCUGGAUUCUGGGAGAUGUUUUUAUUGGCCAGUACUACUCUGUCUUUGAUCGUGGGAAUAACAGAGUGGGAUUAGCUCCAGUUGUCUCUUAAGAGGCUUAGAGAAUAGAAAAAUGUAAGCCCCAAGGUCCUAUUCUUAUCUUCCUUUCAGCAGCAAAAUCAUACUCCCUAUCUGUUUCUUUGUUUUCCAUGUGAAAUGCAAUCAAGAUUAUGACUUUUAUCUACAAAUGUAAAUCCCUUGAGAUUCCGGGAGAAGGGCUGUUUAGGUAUGUCAGUUCUCAGUAUCAAGAGCUAUGCUGAUUUUGUCUUCUCUUGUCAAGUAAAUUUGAGUACUUCAAACUCAAAAUACAGUGUCAUAGUCCUAGACUGGAGCUGGGUUCACACAAUUGGCUAAGCCAUGAUUUAUUGAAUAAAGUGCACUGGUCUAAGUUGAUCGUAAUUUACAAACCACACUGGUUGGUUUACACAACUUGUUUAUCCACACUAAUCAAAAUAUAUUUUGACUGAAUACCUUGUGAAUCCAGCCUGAUUGUGAGAUUUUCUCUUUGCAAAAGAAAGCAGGUCUGCAUCUUUGAUCAGCACAAUUGUUUACUUUUCUCAUUCUGGCCUGGAAACGGGAGGGAUUAAGGCCUCCUUAAGACCCUGCUGUUCAACAACAGAGCAAGAAGGCAUACUUGCAAAUGUAUGUAAAAUUAAUGACUUAAGUAAACAGAUGAAUGAUUAACUGAGAAUCUUUUUUAAUCAUCUGAAACCCUUAAUAAAAAUAGUUUUUGUAUUCCUAAAAUA